AUGUUGCAGGUACCGCUGCCCCUGGAUCGAGACGGGAUCCUCUUCCGGCUCCGUUUCACCACGCUGGCCGUCGGGACUGUGUUUUGCCCGCUUUUCGGUUUCCUUUUCUGUGUGAUCUGGUCCCUGCUGUUCCAUUUCCAGGAGACAACAGCGACCCACUGCGGGGUCCCCAAUUACCUCCCAUCCAUCAGCGCCGCCAUCGGGGGCGAGACCCCCCAGCGCUACGUGUGGCGCCUCUGCAUCGGCCUCCACUCCGCUCCCCGCUUCCUGGUGGCCGUCGCCUACUGGAACCACUACCAGAGCUGCCACUGCUCGCACCCUCGCUACCUGCGCUUGUGCCACUGCAACCUGCUGCUCAACCUGCUCGAAAACUUUGCGCUCCUUAUCCUGACGUACGUCUCCUCAUCUGAAAACUAUG